GCUUAUAAACACUACUUAUAUACAGAUAUAUAAACUUCGUAUAAUGAUAAUUAUUGAUGUUGUUUAUAAUAAUAAUAAUAAUAUAAAAAUAAUCAUUAAUCGCCGAUAGGUGUACACUUCUCGGUUUUCACUUUUUAACGUUUGACACUUUUGUGGCGUAGACACUUGUUCACGACGACAGUGCGUGUUGAACGGCUUAGACGUACCACAGAUUUUGUUUAACGCGUUGUACGAUCGAACGGACGGGGUUUACACCUACGAAACGGCAGUUCUCGUGCGAUCGUCGUCUGUAAAAACGAGUGAAGUAGGUACGCCGAAAACUGUAUUAUACAAAAAAAUAAUAUUGACAAUAAUCGUCGACCAUAAUACCGAGUGCAUCUUACUCGUGUGCGUUAUAUAACUACACAGGUAAUAAUAUAUAACAUCGUAAUCGGACACCAGUACCGCCUUCACCGUGCGACACCUAACUACUGUAAGUUUUGUGUGGGCGCCCCCCGUGCGAGUGUAUUGUGCACUCAAAUGUAAUACAUACCACGGGGACCAAGAUUUAGAACAUCGCUGAGAUGGACGAGUCGGCAGACGGUCUAUCCCCGACUGGCGGCGGCAGGACGAGUGCGCAGAGCUUCAAAGUGGUUCUGUUGGGCGAAGGGUGCGUGGGCAAAACGUCACUGGUGCUCCGGUACACCGAAGACAAGUUCAACGACAAACACGUUAGCACGCUACAGGCGUCUUUUGUCAAGAAAAAGCUCAACCUCAAUGGACGGAGAAUAAACCUGUCGAUAUGGGAUACAGCCGGACAAGAACGGUUUCAUGCCCUGGGACCGAUUUACUAUCGAAUGUCUAAUGGUGCAAUACUGGUUUAUGACAUCACUGAUGAAGAUUCAUUCCAAAAAGUGAAAAAUUGGAUUAAAGAAUUAAAGAAAAUGUUAGGAAGUGAAAUUUGCCUUGUUAUUGCUGGAAACAAAAUUGAUUUAGAAAAAGAUCGUACAGUUUCAGUAGAAGACGCAGAAAAUUAUGCCAGUUCAGUUGGUGCUGUACAUUUUCAUACGUCAGCCAAAUUGAAUUCAGGUAUUGAAGAAAUAUUUUUGAGUUUGUGUCGUAUGAUGAUUGAAAAAGCUGAUCAACAAAUUGCUGAUAAUUUAGUCACAUUAAAUCGAUCAGGAAGCACAAGAAGAAGAACAAUAAUAAUUGAUGAUGAAGACGAUGUGUCUUCCAAAGAACCGUCACGUUGGUGUUGUAGUAGUUAAUUGCUUUUUGCCUUUUUAAAUAUGGUUUAAAGAUACCAAUUUUAUGUUUAUAUAUAUAUAAUUUUUUUUGAGAAACAGUUUUGUUCGUGAUAUUUUUAACUUUUUAAAAAAAAUUAUAUUUUUAUAUUAGUUUAA